AUGCCGUCAUUUUGACGUUACACAAACAAGACUCAGACGCGUCAACAUUAUGUAUUAGUUAGUAAUAAGAAAUUUUCUGUGUUUUCAAAAUUGUCUGUUUAAAGCAACACCAUGGCCUGCAAAAAACCCUUGGGUCCUGGUCCCGGAGCCUACGCACUUCCAACGACAGUAGGGUUCCCAUCCCACGAUCCUUCUCGCUACAGGAACCCCAUGUACUCUUUCGGGAUCAACGCUGGUUUCCGAGUAAAGCAACUUGGACCCGGUCCAGCCUAUCGCAUAGAUCGCGUCACGAGAGACGGACUCGUCUCCUCGCCAGCUUGGAGCUUCGGAGCUAGGUUUCCAACUCGUUCGACAUUGAGAACCCCAGGUCCGGGAGCGCACGCGCCAGAACGCUGUCCACCAACCAAGGAGCCCCGUGCACCCCAAUAUUCCAUGGGGGCGAGAUUGGGCUUCGCCCUCAAGCGAGUAGGGCCAGCUUCUAACGCAUACGCCUUAAGACUAGGUCCCGGUACGCCGGCGUACACGAUGGGAGCGAGGGUUGGAUUCAAUCCGAAAGCGAAGUCACCAGGCCCAGCAGUAUACUUCCAAAGGGAUGUGGAUGUUUACAAAACAAGAUCUCCUCGUUAUACUCUCGGUGCGCGCUCUGAGGGUGCCGGGAAGCCGACGAAAGCCCCCGGACCAGCCACGUAUCCGCCGAAUUUAUAUAACACAAAGAAGAAUCCAUAUUCCUACUCGUUUGGUACCAAGCAUGGUGAUUACGCGCCGCCAAUGAUCAUCAAAGAAGACACGAUGGAUUGUUUAUGAAUCAAGAAAUGAAGAAAUAAUAACACUUGUGAUGAAAUAAAGCCAUUUGAACGUGUUCAUAAUAAUGUAAAUGGUUCCAAAUUCAUAAGAUUUCAAUCAUAUCUGUAUAAUUGUAUAAAAAAAAUGUAUAACUUUAAAAUGUACAUUAUGAAGGCGGAAUGAGAAAUCUCGUGUGAUAUCGUCACUAUGUAAUGUUGUGUAAUGUUAAAAUGUAAAAGGUUUUGUUUCAUCAAAUUAAUCAAAUAAAAUACUUGUUUCUGCAA